GCGCGCCGUGGAGAGCCGCUCCGAUCUCCCCGGCCCCGCGCGCCGCCGUCCCGGGGAGCCCCGCGCCGUCCGCCCGCCCAGGCCGCCCGCGUGCCGUCCGUGCGCCCCUGCGUCCCCGGAGCCGCCGGCCGUCCAGGGCACCCCGAGCCCCAGCCCCAGCCCCCCCAACGCCGGGCCCGGGAUGGCCGCAGCCCGCGGCUGAGCGAACCCGGGCGGAGGGGGGGUGCCCCCAUGGGCCGGCCCGGGCCGCGCACCCCCCGCGGCCGCCUCCUCCGGCCGGGGCUCCCCUCGGGCGCCGCGGGCCCUGGCGGCCCGGAUGGCGGUCGCGGCGGCAGGGGCAGGGGCUGGGGCCGGCGCGGCCGCCACUAACGGGUAGCCCCGCGCCCGGAGCAGGCCCAGCAUGCAGCGCUGGAAGGCGGCAGCCGUGGCCUGGGUGUUCUGCAGCUCAAUGCUAACGAUCUGGAUGUGCCGGGACGGCCUCACGCCUGCGCUGGCCCCGCUGCGCCGCCCGCCUCGCAACCUGGACGCCCGGAUUGCCCGCCUGGCUCAGUACCGGGCCUUGCUGCAGGGCGCGCCGGACGCCGUGGAGCUGACCCCCUGGGCGGGCCGAGCUCCGGGUCCUCGCCGUCGGACAGGGCCUCGGCGGCGGCGCGCACGUGCGCGUACCCGGCCGUGCGGCCUGCGCGAACUCGAGGUGCGCGUGAGCGAGCUGGGCCUGGGCUAUACGUCGGACGAGACGGUGCUGUUCCGCUACUGCGCAGGCGCCUGCGAGGCCGCCACGCGCGUCUACGACCUGGGCCUGCGGCGCCUGCGCCAACGGCGGCGCGUGCGGCGCGAGCGGGUGCGCGCGCAGCCCUGCUGCCGCCCGACGGCCUACGAGGACGAAGUGUCCUUCCUGGACGUGCACAGCCGCUACCACACGGUGCGCGAGCUGUCGGCGCGCGAGUGCGCCUGCGUGUGACCCUACCUCACGUGGCGGGGGGGGCCCCCCGACGGCGACGGCGGCGGCGGCGGCGGCGGCACCAGCUUCCGCCCCGACCCUUCGACGACGGACUGCGCGUGCGUGGCCUCCUCCGACUCCUCCUCCCUCUUCUUCUUACCCACCCACAGCCCUGGGCGGAACUCUCGCGUGAACUGCCUUGAGAGAAAUAAAAGCGCGGGAAGGCGGG